AUGAGUAUGCCCGGUGGAAGAAGGCUGAUGAGAUGGAGAAGUGUUACAUUUUGGCAUCUAUAUCAAAUGUUCUUCAACAUCAGCAUCAAUCUAAGAACACUGCGGCAGACAUACUCAUCAACCUCAGGAAUCUGUUCGGACACCAGUCUAGGGCUGCUAGGCAAGAGCCUAUUUGUGCUCUGAUGACUACGCGCAUGGCCGUGGGCACACCCGUAAGAGAGCAUGCCCUCGAGAUCAUGGCAUUGUUCAACGAGCUUGAGGUUAUGAAAGGUUUUAUCGACGAGAAAACCCAGGUUGAUAUUUUACUUCAAUCUCUGCCGAAAAGCUUUUAUCAGUUCCGGUUGAACCACAACAUGCACAAGAUGCAUAUGGCUCUCCCAGAACUUCUUGCAGAGCUUCAAUCAUUGGAGGCCUUAUUCACUCAGGCACCUCACGUGUUGGUUGCCGAGCAGGCUGGACCUUCCAGGCCUCAUAAGGGCAAGAAGAGAAAAAAGUCUACAGGAAAGGCAAAGGUGCAGGAUGCGCCGGUUGUACUGCGACCGACCCCUCGGGCAGUGGCAAAGAAGCCGAAAGGUAGAUUCCAUAAGUGCAACAAGUCAGGACACUGGAAGGUCGACUACCAUGUCCUCAAGAAAGGACAUGCCCGAGCUGUGAAGAGGAAGAGAGAGGAGGUCGGAAUCACGGCUCACAUGCCAGUGAAAAGUUUUAAAGCGGAGGAUGCUGAAGGAGUGGUCUUACCACACAACGAUGCUUUGGUGAUUACCGCGGAGGUUGUGGGUUUUAAUGUGAAGAGCGUGUUUAUUGAUACCGGGAGUUCGAUGGACGUGAUGUUUUAUGACUGUUUUGUGCAGAUUAACAAGGAGGUGAACAUGGAGCUAAAGCCAGUGGCCACGGCCCUGUACGGUUUCAAUGGAGGUGAACUAAUGCCGAUGGGCGAGAUUAGUUUGUCAGUCGCAUUGGGGUCAGGGGUGAUGAGGAUGGUGCGGAUGGUAAGAUUUGUGGUCGUAGGCACAGAAUCAUCAUACAAUAUCAUUAUGGGGAGGACGAGCUUGAACUCAUUCCAG